AUGUCUGUGGGAAAAGUCAGCUGACUGUGACGUAAUGUUGUGAAUUGAGACUACACACUUUCAAGUUUUAGGAUUGCCUCUUUUUUAUAGUUUCACAUUCUUGUUGGUAAGCUCCUUGCAUGAUCUAUUGUAAAUAGCUGUACACUCUCGUGUAGUUGAAUAAAUUAGUUGAAUAUAAUUAAUUGAUUUAAAAUAUAUUCUUUGGGUAAACUUAAUUAUUUAAAUUGUAUAGUUGCUGUGUUUUGUUUGAGUUUCUAGUUGCUUCUUUAUCUUUUUAAUGAUUAAGUGAUUUUAAAAAAAAAAAAUUUUAUGACUAUCAACCUUAGUCUAUAGUGUUAGAAAAGGGAUAACGGAAAUUUCAUAAAUAUUUUAUGUGUUGACACACAAAAUUGAGUAGUCAGGGUAGAUAAUUGGCGUUGAAUUAGUGUGAUUCAUUUUCAUGAAGGUGCUAAUGUCUCAGAAAUUGCAUCGAAAUUACAGACACGAGACUCGAGAUAAAGUUUAUAACGUGGGUCGUAGGGGAAGUAAUCAAGUUAAAUUUAUGAAACAUGAGAACGCAAGGCUUGAUAAGAAAACAGGUAGCACAACGUCAGAUCAUUAAAACAGAUUAAAACUUCUAGCAAUACACACCGUCAGAUCAUUAAAACAGAUUAACAACUUCUAGCAAUACACACCGUCAGAUCAUUAAAAGAGAUUAACAACUUCUAGCAAUACACACCGUCAGAUCAUUAAAACAGAUUAACAACUUCUAGCAAUACAAUAUAGAGUCCAAGUGGUUUAGUGUUUUUUUUCCAGAUCCCCCACUAAACCCAAAAGAAACCAAGGCGGCACCACAAAGAUGGGAGGACUGUUUUCUAUACGUUUGUACAUUCUAAAUGGUCUGCUGACGAUGAUUGCCUCACAGAGUUGCCUACCAAAAGUGAGUGAGAAAACAAGUGACCGUUACUGUUAAGCUAUUAAUAUUAUUAUUAAGAAACGGCUUUGUCAUUUGAUAAAGUUGUAGGAGAUUCCUUGUUCAGCUUUAAGUUAUCUCUAUCGAAUUCUCGCUAUCAAAGGGGAUUUAAGGCCGUUCGCGACUCAAUCCACUCUCCAAAUUUUUGUCAUUCCCAUUGAUUUAGAGCUAAGGUAGAAAUGUGCUCUGAAAUAUCGAUUUUAAAUGGAGACCUAAGAAUCAGUUAAGUUUUGUCCAAAAAUCCCUUCUACACUUUCCCUCUUAACUCCCCAUUUCAUCAUACAACAUCAUCUAUACCUCCUCCCACUUCAUUCUUGACUGUCCUCUCAUUAAAGAUAUAUAUAUAUACUCUCAUUUUGAUCUCCAAAUACUCAGCUCACCAUAAUUGUCUCAGUUACUCUUCACUGCCUUCUUCUUUCAAUAAAAGUGAUUUGUUUCCAUACGUAAAAUAAAUUGCAGUUUUCAUAUUUUAAAAAAAAAUUAAUUGAAUUGAAAUUUGGCUUUGCUGUAUGUUAAUUGUAAUUUUUUUUAAAUCUAUAAUAAAAAUAAUUAAUAGUUGUAGUAUAUCUAUGUAUAGAUACAUUUGAUAAACCUUCAAGUGUAUUACAGGAGUGUAGCUUCGAUGUAAUGAACGGGCAGUCAGUACAUUGUACAGGUGGAAGCUUUUCAACAUUUCCGGACCUCUCUAAGUGCAGCGGCCCAAUUUAUUGGAUCACGCUUACCGUAAGACUCCGACUGCACAAGGUUUCACGUACCACUUCAUUACAAACUGAUUUUUAAAAUAUAAAAGACUUAAAGACUUUCCAUACUCAAAAGACUAAGUGGAAUGUAAUCAAAACAAAAAGCUUUGUAGCGUACGCAAUUAUCUUAUCUUAUAUCAUCUUAUCUUAUCUCAAUUAUAUUAUUUUAUCUCAUCUUAUCGCAUCUUAUUUAUAUAAAAAUACAUUUUACAUUGCUUCAUAUGAAUCAACAAUAAAUUUAAUGUAUGUAUCUUUCAUAGUGUGUUUUCACUUUCUAUCUUCCAGCCAGUGAACAAGUUAAAGGCCUCAAUUGUACUGUUUAGUUUUUAAGCAAUGUUCGCCGCUUGGUUUAGUUAAUACAAAAUGAAUUGUUAUUUUGUUAAAAACAAUAAGUUUUGGCAACAGUAAUCAAAAGGAUUUUUUCCUUAAUCAAUUUUUAAACAAAUUUUUCAGAGGACUUCCAUCACUAACCUGACCGACAACAGCGUACCACACCGACUGCUCUAUCUCAGCUUCAACGACAACCCGCUGACUUCCGUUUCCGACGGCGCAUUCGACAACUGCGGGAGAACAUUGACCGCCUUAACGUUCGACGGUUCCCUCAACGGCACGAUCCCGAACGCGCUUGAAAGGCUGACGGCACUGACCAUUCUCAAGAUCUCAAAUCAAGACAUCAACGACUGGAACGUUCCGGUGCUGCAAAAACUCGGAACGCACGUUCAAGACCUUACCCUGUCCAGCGUGUCCCUAUCUGGCUGGCCGGACUGGCUGAAGCAUUUCACCGAGCUAAACGCUCUAGAAAUAAACAACAUAACAUCCCCGACUAUCCCGGACGAUGGUCUGCUACAGGUCACCAGCAAACUUAUCACGCUAACCAUUUCACAGCAUAACUUUACGGAAAUCCCCAAAGCGGUCACGGAUCUGUUGGCCGUGAAAUUUCUUAAUUUACCCGAUGGAAAAAUCAAGGAAAUAAAAGGAUUGCCGCCCCAGGUGGAAGGUUUGAAUUUGGAGAACAACCUGAUAGAAAAAGUAGAGGACGGCACCUUUAAAUCUCUUGGCGACUUGGAGACGCUUCACUUGGACUACAACCCGCUUGUCAGCAUCGCCCAAGACGCGUUCGUCAAUUCGUCAGUGAUUUCGUACCUGACCUUACAGGCAACGAACUUAGCGCGCGUCCCGUUGGCAUUCCUGCACAUGCCCCACAUGAUGUUCCUCAGGAUGGAGGACAACGCUGGUCUCGUGUGCACGUGCGACGAGGCUGCUCUCGUGCCGUGGUUUGAGAACCUGCCGUACAUGUCCUUCAUCGGAGACUGCGGCGUUAUAGGAAUAAGGUCGUUUUUCACAACGCUAGCGAAAGAUUGUCCAAAAAAUGGUUUUUGAAAACUUUGAAUUGAAUGAAUGCGGCGAAAAUGGGGCGGAAACAGAUUUAAUUGAACGGAAUAUUUGUUCUUGUUUAUUACUUAGUCAGGUCAAUACAUUUAUCUUGUUUUUAUUUGAUUGUGAUUUUUUUUUUAGUAAGGAGCCUCUGUUCUUCAUGAUUAAACAAUAGCCCCCUUGGUAUUGCUUGCUUUAUUUUAGUAUUGAUUUAAUUAUACAAUAACGCGCUAUUUUUUUUAACAAUAAAUCUCUGAGUGAGUCGGUACAUUUUUGUAAGUGGUUCCAGCUGGAAAUUUACUUAAUUUUUUUAAAAAUUAAAAUAUCCUAGCCUGGAAUAAACGCAACAAUAUUGUGGGCUACUUGGAAAAUUU